UAAAUAAUGUACGCGUGUGAUCGUUUAUCAUGAUCGUGUCGCUCUUUUGGUAAUACGUCUCAUCUUUCUCGAUCAAGUCGAUUUGUUUUGUUUGACAAGCGCGAAAGAUGCGGAGCACGCGUGUCAUGUCUCGAUUCAAGGCCAGGGAAGACAUAUUGGCACGUGAACAGAACCCAUUAAAAAAUAGACCUCCCCGACCGAACGAAAUCGCGACGUUUAAAUCGACCAUAAGUUGCUUUACAAGUUCGCAUUAAUUAAGUGGCCGUCUCAUUCGUCCAGUGCAUUCGCCUAGCGAGUUUACGUUUACGUGUGCUGCGUCACUCGAGCUUGCUUGUUGUUCCUUUUACGUUAUAUAAGGAACACGCUUUGCGCGAAUGUGCCACCACCAUCUUUGUUGACGUAACGAAGCGCGAAAUUUAACUUAUUUCUGUCGCCGACGAAUACAACGCACACCACGAACACGAUCUCCAAAUCGUCUAUACUUUGAAUAUUUUUCGAUUUCUCUCGCCUUCUAUACAUUCGUUCAAAAUAUUUUCUGUGGAAGGAGACUAUCGAGAUAACGAAUUAAAUGAAAUUCUUACACAACGUCUGGCUAUAAAUUACAUAUUCCUAUGUGUAUAUUUUUCUUUCAACGUGUUUCAAUAAAGCUCAGUCGUACGUCGCGUUCUUUCACCGAGAUGCAUAAUAAAAUUAUCAGUCGUCUAAUGAUCAUCUUUAACAAUAACCUCGUAUUCGCGACACGCUAUUACGCUAUGAACGUUUUAUAAUUUAAUCUGUCCUGUCCACUCAUUUAUCCAUUCACAGAACAUCCGACCAUGGCAUAUUUUCCUCCCGCUGGUCGGUUAAUACGCUUUAAGAUGUGACUUCCCAAGUAGCAUUGUCGAAUCACGUUUUCGAUACUGAUUGAACUCGUUUACCGAUUACCGACCAUAAACAUAUAUUUAUGUCGUAUCAAUUAAGAGUUCCCAUCGAUGUGAUUUAAACUUUGUUCGGACAAAAGAGAUUGCAUUUUCAGUGAGUCUUUCAUCGAGUACUGUCUCGUCUCGAGACCUAUUUUACACGAUAUCUUGUCCGCCUGAUAAAACGAUACGAUCCAAGGCGUUAACAAAUGAAGAUCACAGGAAAAAACUUGAUAAGUUUCACGUUUAAACUGGCAAGCGAUCGUCGCAGGAUCGGGAUGGCGUGGCAACAAAGACCUUAUUCCUUCUGUUCGCGGAUCGACGUCGCACAAUUGCGUCUAACUCCGACAAUCGAUCCGACCGUGGCCCAACUUGACAGCAAUUUAAAAUCGCUUCUCCUCCUGUGAGCCGUACCAAGUGCACCGCCACAAACUAUCAUUCUCCCACGAGACGUUGUAGACCUUCUUCCGCUUCUUUUACCAGGCGUUAUUAUGCGGACGCGUUGCUACGUCUAAUCAUAGAAUAAAAGAAUAAGUAGUCGAAUAAAACUUGAAACACACGAAACAGACGAUCUAUCGAAAAAAAGAACACCGAAGAUAGAGAAUUCGAAAAAACAUCGAUGAAGAUGAACCGACGAAAAGUGAAAGCACCGUCUUUUCAGGAGAAAUGGCGAUCUCUUCGCCCAAAUGCGCCAAGGGCAGCGAAAUGGAAACGACGACAAGAAGUUGGAUAGCGAGACCGAUUUUAAACCACGACUUCAUUGCUGAUCUACCUCUUGAGCUUGUCUACGUGGGUUUACUUAAAAGGAAAGAGGACAUCUCGAUCGCGAUUAAGAGUAUCUCUUCCGUUCUGCCAGGUUUCCAUCAUCUGAAACGUUGCUCCUCAAACAAGUUGCUGUUGGCGCCAGUAGAUUCUAGAAAAUUAUUAGCGGAAACGAAAGACUCCGAGGAAUCCAAGGAAGAAUUCACUUUGACUCAAGACAAACUGAAAAUGAUAUUAACGGAAAGAGGAUUUAACUUAUCCUUAUUGGAAGACGACUUUCGUACAGCGAAGGUGCCAGCGAGAGCAGCCAAAACGAAAGCACAAGCUGCGCGGGCCUCGAGCAUUUGGCCUUUGAACUUUCAUCCAGAUCCUAACAUCGAACAACUGGUCGAUGGAUCGGUUUUCACGGAACAUCAAUUGGUCCUUAUAGAGAGGUACAUGAACGUUGUGGUAGAGGCAGCCAGAUUAGAAGCUGUCGGCGACUCGAAUUGUAACGGCAGCGCGAUGAUCGUUGACCCAGUGGAUGGAAGAAUCCUUGCGGUCGCAGCCUCGAAAAUCGAUCGGCAUCCAAUGUGGCACGCAGCUAUGUUGGCCGUAGAUCUCGUUGCCAAACUUCAAGGUGGAGGAGCUUGGAAAUUCGUGGAAAGAUUGGAACAGAAGGGUACCGAUGAUUCGGAAACGUCUGAAUCUCCCGCCGACAGAGACGCAGAAAGUAAAAUGACCAAGGAAAUGAGAAUCAAGAGGAAAUAUAUCGAAGAAGCUCCACUUUGCUAUCCAGAAACGCUAUCGAAAAUUAGCCUUCCAAAGGAAGAAUGUUUGCAAUCUACUGAAAUUCGACGAGGACGCAGGAAUAACGGUUCAACGAAAACGAUGGAUUCUAGGACAAUCGAACAGACUGAAGCGGCAGACACGAAAAAAUGUGGUCCUUAUUUAUGUACAGGAUACUGGACCUUCUUGUUAAGGGAGCCGUGUCCUCUUUGCGCUAUGGCACUCUUGCACUCUAGGGUUUUAAGAAUAUUCUACGGUGUCCCAAAUAGAAAUACAGGCGUGUUAGGAUCCAAGACGGUCUUGCAUGCUGUACCAGGAUUGAAUCAUCGAUAUCAAGUUUGGAGUGGCGUUCUGGAACAAGAAUGUCGACAAGCGUUGCAAGAAAUCGAGCACAGAAAUAUGAAUUGACUCACACGGCGUAUUCGUAAUGAUUAAUGGCUAUUUUCUAGCAAGCUAUGAUUCGCGGAACCAUCUAACAUUGUCGCUCUGUUACAGACAUUUUGUACGUUUGAAGAAUUAAAAACAUUGAAGGAAAUCCUGCACGUGUUUCGAUACGAUCCACCAUGUACGAUCAUGAUUUUUGUAACCUUUGGCAAUGACGUUGGCGAAAGAUCUCUAUCCUUGGCACUGCCUCGUAGUAAGUUAGUAGAGUCGUGAUGCAGUGAUAUCAAUGUACCAACCGGUUUAUAAUUUCAAUCAAAAGCAGACGACGCAGAAGAUGUUACACGUGGUUCGGACGUGCGUUCGUCCAUUAUGAGGCAGAUAUAUGUAUGACCUUGGUGUCUUAGUAUAAUUUGCAGGAACAGAGGUCUCUACUCGUGGUUGAUACUAGACUUCUUCGUCUAUUCGACGAGUUAAUACUUACGUCUGUUAUACAAUCACACGUUCCUAACCGAACAAUCGUAAAAGUCGUUCUUUUUUUCCAAUACAUUCGCGUCGCUCGAAUUAAACCUGAUUAAAUAUCUCGAUGAUUUCCAGCCGAAGAAUAUAGAAACAACGUUGAUGAUUUUUUAACAUCUCUUAUGUUCAGCUUUUACAGAUCGUACGAUCGAUAAAUUUAGUAUUUAUAAGUGGCAAUUACCUAGAAACAAGAAUAUUUACCUCGAAAAAAACACGAUACAUGUUCAUCGAUUAAGACGAUUCUGUUUAGCGCAUUACGUCAUGUUUGGAAAAAAAAAAAAAAAAAGAAAUAAAUUGUCCAUAGCUUCAGGGAACUAUUUUAAACAUCAAAUCGAAAUUAUUAAGAUAAAUUACCACGGUAUGCGCAUUCCCUUGAUCGCUUGCAUAAGUGAUCCUAGAAAGACGUUGAAAAUAAUUCCGUCGUCGACGCAAGUCUAUUAUUUCAUAUAGAGCGAAUAGUUUGCCUGACGAACGAACAAUCUUGUUCGUUGAAGGAGCGAAAUACGCUUCACGGUAGCAAGAGACAAGGUCGCGAAGUAAUUCACCGUCGGUGGUCGUUGAUCUCGUAGGAUCGGUCGAAACGUCGUCAUAAUAAGUUCCUCAGAGAGUUCCUUGCCGCAGUCGUGCGGAUCACUCGGGCUUGACGUGCUAGUGUCGUUGAUACGACGAUACUCGUAGUUCUGCGGAGCUUUCCUGCACAAGACACGCACCGUUUAAUUUGUGUGGAACCGAGUAGCGCGUAUAACAAUGACCUCGCGGAUUAACUUCAAUCAGCGAAACUUCAGACGUCUAACCCCGUUGAGCUGGCCAGCUUUGCUGAACGGAUGUACGUGCAAAGAUGCGGAGAACAACGUGGAAGACGCUUAGGAGAAAAUGAUGGUACAGAAAAUUAGGAAACAUGACGAUUCGUUUGUCAGUCGACGAGCAGGAUGAGUGGCGCUUCAACGUAACUUGGCUGCUGUGCUUUCCACGAAAAGCUAUCGGUUCUACUUCUACGAUAUUAGUUUAUCUCGUCGAUUUUCUGGGACGAAGCUUAGCGGCACUCUGAACAACCUGAAAGUUUAAGGAUUGCUGUCACAGAUCAAUCUGGAAGCUCGUUCGACGUAAAGGAAACACUCUGAUAAAUCAUCUUCGUCUAAUUCUCCGCAAUCUCUGUGCAAACACAUUUUCGCGUAGCUACAAGAAGCUCUAGUAACGAUUAACAGUUGUUCCACGUCCUUCGUUGCACCGGCUGGCACGUGGCUUCGAUAACGUUACCCAGAAGCGUAUCGACAUCCUCUCGUCGCUCAAUCAACCUGUGAUUGAUUUAAGGGAAAAAAAAGAGAGAGAGACAGAGAAAGGAACUCCCUUUGCGUUCCUACGAUCUCAUUUUCGAAACGAAAACACACUUCGUCUAAAGACAGAGAUAACAUCUCGUGAAAUAAUUAAUCCACGUGGCAAACAGUCAUCUUUUACGACGCAACUGCUCGUCAAACCGAUGUAAACGUCGUCAUCGUCAUCUGAAAUAGCAGCGGAACUCGAGAGUCACCGGUGGAGAAAGCUUGGCCCGGGAUUAUUCGAUUACAGAAAAGUUGGACGAUAUUCGCUCGUCAGAUAGAAAAAGCAGAAUAGGUCAGGUAUUAAUCGAAAUUCGAAUUCGCUACGUGACCAAAUACGGGACGAUUUUACGAGGUAAACCAAGUCACAUUUUGCUCAUCAGCACUGAGUGGUUCCAAUUGACGGUCGGGUCGACCCUCCAGCGUAGACACUAUUGGUCAGCCUUUUAAUACCGGCGGUCGCGAUUGGAUCAGAUACCCAGAUCGUUCUUAGACAGAAGACAUCGCUGGAGCAUUCGCUUCAAAACUUUUAACGUCGUCAGUGUCGCGCAAUUUGCUGUCCGUUGACGUUCGCAAGGGUAGAGAUCCGAGAGACAUUCGCGCGUUCAGUUUGUUUCAGUCGGUUUAAGUCGGUCAACGGGUAGCACCGAGCCUCAUAAAGAUAAUCAAGCAGAAGAAUACGACAGCGGCAAUUGUAUCAGGAGAUCGAGGCAUUUGGCCUGCAUCGCACUCGAUUUCAAAAUAAGAUUCGUUUAUCGUCGAUAUUAUCAGUGGAAAUCAGACAUCGAUAUUUUCGAAAAGAAAGACAAGGAAGCCAGACGAGUAUAGUUUUGAAUUUUGAUAACGCGCGAUAAACGUAUCUCGAACGAUAUCCGAAGUCUUCCGCCAGUUGAAUGGCUCAAAUUUACUGGCUUUUACUCUUCGAAAGAUCUUGAUCGUUAGCAUUUAUCUUCAAGAGAUAGCGAGGCGAAACAUUCGGAAGAAAGAAAGAGGAGUUAAUCCGUACGGAAGAUUCGUGUUCUUAGUAUCCAAGGAAGAAGACAUUGCGGGGUGAA